UGUCACUUCACAGACACUGCACUGUGUAGCUUUUUGUUUGCUACUAAGCUGUAAAGACACAGUAGCUUUGUUCUACAGUAAUGUUGCCAAUUCCACUAACGAAGCGAUUGAAAAUAUGGUUAAUAAAUUUCAAGCUUACUGUUUCGAGCCUGUAAAUGGCCUCAAGGUUAACUACUUUCACAAUGAGCUGAUUGUCCAGUAUUCGCCUGUCAGUAAUAGUGAUAGUUUUAAACACGUCAGUAGCCGAGAUGGUGACAGUAACUAUAGUAAGAAGAAGAAAGGAAACGUCAUGCAGAGAAUUAGAUCUUUUUUGAUGAUGAUACCCAUAGGAAUUCAGCUACUUUCGGUGCCAAUACAGCUGGCUUCUGUCAAGAUAUUAUUAAUAAGAAGUAUACUUGUAGCAAAUGUAGCUAUAUUCAUGUUACUUCUAAGACUGCUACUUUCAGCCAAGAGUUCACGCGGGAAGAUUGUCAUCGUAAAAGCUCCAUCUAAAGAAGUUCAUGAACACUUUUAUCACCCGUUUGCUGAAACAAAAGGCCCAGAGUCCAAUUGGUUAGAUAACCCACCGCCUUGGAUAGAAUGA